AUGAAUAUCUUUUCCUUCCUUCCCCCCUCUCUUCCUUCCUUCCUUCCUUCCUUCCUUCCUUCCUUCCUUCCUUCCUUCCUUCCUAUCUAUCUAUCUAUCUAUCUAUCUAUGUUUGUGUACGUAUGCAUGUUGAUGUGCGUACGUACAUGUACUCACGCAAUCACACGAUUCGUGAGCAUACAUUCUCACACACUCUUUCGUGUUCAAGGGUUGUCUGUGUUUGCCUCUUCCGAAAUACGAUUUUCUCUCGAAAGGCAAUGUGACAGUGACCAUUACCAGCUUAAUUCUAUAAGUGCGCUCCAAACUCGGCCUGUCACUGACCAUUACGUUUGCGCCCGUUUCUGUCUCUCUCUCUCUCUCUCUCACACACACUCCCACUCUUUCUCCUCCUCCUCCCACCGUCUUUCUUCUCUAUCUCCUUUUUAUUCCUGUGGAACGUUUAGUGCGCGGCCAUUGCGUUGCCACUGA